GGAUAUAGUGAAUAAUGAUUCCUACGGUCGGGUUUAACAUGAUGGAAGUGACCAUAGGAAAUGUUACAAUCAAACAAUGGGAUCUUGGUGGUCAACCAAGAUUUUGCAGCAUGUGGGAACGUUAUUGCCAGCGCUUUUUCUUUUUGUUCAUGUAUGUUGUUGAUGCUGCAGAUCCUGACAACCUAAGUGCCUCGAAAAGUGAAAUCCAUGAUUUGUUGAGCAAGACUUCGCUUAACGGUUUCCCUCUCCUGGUUCUUGGAAACAAAAUUGCCAAACCUGGAGCUCUGUCCAAAGAAGCCUUAACCGAUUGUAUGGGGCUUAACUCGCUUACAGAUAGAGAAGUCUGCUGUUUCAUGAUAUCCUGCAAGAACUCUACCAACAUUGAUCAGGUCAUUGAUUGGCUCGCAGCUUCAGCUUUGGCUUCUGCUUCCUCUGCAACUCUUGCCGCUUCUUCAGCUUUGGCGAUUGCAAAUUCUGCUUCCGCCACUGCUCUUGCAGCGGCUGCAGCAGCUUCUUGUUCUGUCAUGUCCGUUAUGAGAGGGCGGCUUGGCAAAGGAUUGUCAUCAGCAACAGAAAUGGAGGAGCACCAAGAUUUACAGUGUGGACGUUCUGGGCAUGAGAAGAAAGAGUGCUGGAAAAUAGUGGGUUUCCUUGAGUGGUACACGAAGAGAGGUGCUAAAGGAAGUGGUUGUGGUUCGGGUUCUCAGAGCCGUGGUGGUGGUCGUUACACCGGUCAAGGAAGAGGACAAGCCACUAUUGCACAUGCUACAAGUUCGAAUGCUUCUCCUUUUCCGGAGUUCACAGCUGAGCAAUAG